AUGGCGUUGCAGCACAAUCUCUGUCCUGGAUGGGCGGGCGGAAAGAGAAGCAAGCGGGCCUAUGAGCUGCUCUCGCCUCGCGAAGACCCAGUGUAUGAUCAAAUCGACGACCAACUCGACAAUGAACCAAACAUCGGAGAUGCAGUCUGGCCCGGUUAUGAGUUGUUUGCCCUCGGCAAUGAUGCAUCUCCAGACAACCAGCGGUCAUUUCGACCCGUGUCUGGCAUUGAGAUGCGCCGACCGCAGACCCAGCAUUUUGGAGAUGAAAGUGCUCUCGAAUAUACUGACUGGGGUAAUCCCGACAGUAUAUUCGACGGGCUCGCCUUCGACAUUCCGCAGCCGGGGGCCUUGAGUGAGAUCCUUCCACUUCUCAACCCGUCUCUGCCCCCUGGUGCGCCUUCCAUCAUACCCGCCGGCCAACCGAACCCGUUCCUCGACAAGUCACUAGAGCGGUACCAGUUCAAAGGCAGACUUUCUUUCAAGAUUCCAGAGAGCGGUGAGGUCAACGGCUACAUCAAGUUCCGCCUUUGUCGCACUGAGGACCAUGCAGACACGAGAGGGCAAAAGACGACAUUCUACCCAGCGACAAGGGGAAAACGCGGUCGGACGACGAAACUCGCUGCUUAUGAUGCUCGGCUGCUCUCCUUCUAUAAGAAUGUGUUUUGUGCCGGACGCACUCUGCUCACCACGAGCAAUUUCUGGGUCACUCAGCUGCUUGGCAUCGCUGACGGCAAUGAAUGCGUCAACAGAAUUCUCUUAGCCUUCACUGCAGCGUACAUCCUCGAUUAUCAACCCACCAACGAGAUGCUGCGAAGGCGUGCCAAUUCCCAUUACAAGAGGGCUGCAAAUCUGCUGGGCGUCGCUCUACAGCAGCAUGCGACACGACAAGUUGGCAAGGAAGAGGCCGCUGUCGCGGCACUCUUGUUUCUUGUCUGUGAUGAUAUCGUGCACUGGGAGACGCAAAGGAGAGGUGACUGCAACCCGAAGUGGCUACAGGGGAUUCGCAUGGCAACAUCGAUUUUGGAUAAUACAGAUCCCGGAUAUCGAUAUUGGAAGGCGAGUAACGUUCAGUCCGGCGCCGCACGCAUCGCCCUUGCGAACAGGGUUGCCUUUGUCGAGAUUCUCACUCUGCCUGUCUCGCCACUGGCGGUGAACCGCCAAGCGCGCCUGAACGGUUGGCUGGUCGAGGGCGACAAGAGGGAAACGUACAAGAUAUUUGGCGAUAUCGCAACUCUGCGCGCGGGCGGUCGAGGCAAGUUGGAAGCAACACGCGCUCUCAACGAGGCCCUUGGUCUGACAGUACAGGACCCCAACUCGCAAGUCUACCUCGAGGCAGCCAAGGUAAUACACGAGAGGCUCGGGCGACUUCGCCAGUGGUCAGAGAUCUCAGACGGCUACCAAUCUGCUGAGGAGCUGUUUGACUCGUGCACGUUGGAUUCCAGCAGCCAUGUGCAGACCGUGGCCAAAGUUACCGAGCUAACGGCGGAAGCCUGGAGAACGGCUGCGCAAAUCUACCUCGUGUGUCGAUUUUUCCGGUAA